AUGUUGUUGCUGUCUCCGUGUGCAAUGCUAGAACAAUGGGUCUCUCGUGGUCCCCAGACUCCGCCUUAUGUGAUGUGGAAGGAGAACAAGGACGACCUGGUGGGCAACGACAAGUUUGAAGGCUUCUGCAUCGACCUGAUCCACGAAAUAUCCAACAUUUUGCAAUUCAACUACACAUUCCGGCUUGUCAAAGAUGGCAAGUAUGGCUCGAGAGACAAGGAAACCGGCGAGUGGAACGGCAUGAUUCGUGAACUGCUUGACAGAGAGGCGGAUUUGGCAACAGCAGAUUUGACAAUUAGCUAUGAAAGAGAGGAAGCGGUUGACUUCACAAUGCCUUUCAUGAAUCUGGGUAUUGGAAUAUUGUACAAAAAACCUGCCAAGAAAGCUCCCAACUUGUUCAGUUUUCUCUCCCCAUUGUCUCUGGAUGUCUGGAUCUACAUGGCUACAGCGUACCUUGGAGUAUCUGUCAUGCUUUUUGUUAUAGCGAGGUUCACGCCCUACGAGUGGGACAACCCCCAUCCUUGUGUGCAAAAUCCCCCAGCAUUGGAGAACCAGUUUUCUUUGCUAAAUUCCCUCUGGUUCACGAUUGGGUCUCUCAUGCAACAAGGAUCCGAUGUCGCUCCAAAGGCUGUGUCAACUAGAAUGGUGGCAGGAAUGUGGUGGUUUUUCACCCUGAUCAUGAUCUCGUCAUACACUGCCAACCUUGCUGCUUUCUUGACAGUGGAGCGAAUGGAAUCUGCCAUUCAAAGUGCAGAGGAUUUGGCAAAACAGACCAAGAUAAAAUACGGCAGUAUGGGAUCAGGAUCCACCAAAGCUUUUUUCAGAGACUCAAAGAUAGAGACAUACCAGCGAAUGUGGAACUUCAUGGACAGUUCGAGACCCACAGUGUUCACCAAGAGCAAUCAGGAGGGUGUUGAGAGGGUUAAAGCAGGCGGUUAUGCUUUCCUCAUGGAGUCCACUUCAAUCGAAUACGUGAUUGAGAAGCACUGCGAACUGAUGCAAGUCGGUGGACUGCUUGACAACAAGGGUUACGGAAUCGCUCUGCCUCCAGGUUCCCCGUACACAUCGGCCAUCAGUAGUGCGAUUUUGCAACUGCAGGAGAAGGGUUGGUUUCUUCAGCUGAAGACCAAGUGGUGGAAGGAGAAGAACGAAGGCGCCGGAAACUGCGACACUGAAGCUAGCAAGGCAAGCAGCAGUGCUGCCAGUGAAUUGGGUUUAGCAAACGUGGGCGGAGUUUUCGUGGUGCUCAUGGGUGGCAUGGGCGUGGCUGUGCUGAUCGCACUGUGCGAAUUCGUGUGGAAGUCCCGCAAACUCGCCAUGGAAGAAAAUGAAUCUCUUUUCGAAGAGAUGGGCAAAGAGUUGAAAUUCGCUUUCCGCUGCCGCGGGUCGACGAAACCCAUUCCCAAGCACCAAACCCUCAAGCUGAGCAGCUCCCAGGCCAACUUGAGUCGGCAGCAGUCGCAGAAGCAGAAGCAGCAACGACAAGCAGCCCUGUCCAGACAGGCCACAGUGGAAGACGACGACGAGGACGACGACCUGAUUGACGAAGAGCUGCGGCUGUCGUCGCCGCCGCCGCCGUCGCACGCGUUGGCGGAAGAGGCGGCGCGGGCCAUGUUGCCGCCUCCACCGCCGCCGCCGGCGGCUGGAUUCUACCUCGGCGGCGGCUCGUCUCGAUCCCCGAUGGGCAUCAUGAUGCGACCUACGACCUUCGCUGGCGUGAGAAGGGAAUUCAUCUCGUAGCCUCGAUGAUGACGAUGACGAUAUACAGUAUUACACUGGGAUCGGGAGAAAUAUAAAGGCGGCCCUUCUUUUUUUUUUUUGCUUCCGACGUACGGAGGGUUUCCCCUUUAUGAUGAUCUUUGUUGUCUGGAAUUUUCCUGCCUAUAAUAAUGUAAGAUAUUCGUUGAUUUUUCUCGAUUGCAAUAAUUUUUUAUAAAGGAAAAGGCUGAUAUUCUACUGAGAGUCAAGACUGUUUUCUCUUUUUUUCGAAUUUUGAGGGUUUUCCCAGUUGGACACGACCUCUGAUAUUUCAAAAGUAGGCGUGAUUGUAAAAUAAAAUCAUGCUGUAUAGCCUAUGAUGUUCUAAGGUUCUAAGAUUUUUAAAAAUAGUUUUUCAAUGCAUUGUAUGAUGAAAAGAGAAAACUUUACUGCGAAGGCCC